CACAUUCCAAAUAUAAUAAUAAUGGCUGCGCCCAUGGCGAAAAAGUAAACAAAAACUUUUUCAAAAGUUUCGAAGAAAAGCAGAGAUGUCUUCUAAGAAUUUCAGAUUCGUUUUUAUCAUAAUUUCUCUAUACUUUCAAAAAUGCGCAUGUAAAACAAUACUGGAUGAAUACUUUUUACAAGAAGGCAGUUUAGGCCACUGUGGUCAGAACAUUGUGAAUACGCCAAGUGUUAUCUUUCGGUCCCAUGUCGGUGCAGGACUUUUUGGUGGUCUAAACAGUUAUAAGGCGGAUCAGCAGUGUGCUGUGACUUUUCAGACAGAAAAUGGUCAUAAAAUUCUCAUGCAAUUUACAUUCUUUGACCUGCAACAACCGGAUGGCAGCACGUGUAAGGACAAGAUAGUUGUGACGGAGUUAGGCACCGGAAGCACACAAGUCACAGAAUUUUGCACUAAACAAGUCUUCACUUCAGUUACAGAAAAAAUAGAAGUGAAAUUCAUCUCAGACGCUCUCGUUGAGAAGAAAGGGUUUGUAGCCACACUCGCCGGUUUUCACGAGGGCACGUGCUCGAGCACAGAAUACAAGUGUGAUACGACAAGAUGUAUUUCUGCUGAUCUGAAAUGUGAAGGACAUGAACAUUGCAUAGAUGGGGCUGAUGAAAGCAAAGAACUUGCUGGCUGUUCAACUCUUGAUGAGAUAGUCAAUACAGAGACGUCACUUGGGAAGUACACUGUUCUUGCUAUAGCAGUUGUCGUCGGCGGCGUCAUCCUCACAAUAUUUGUCACUGUUAUCUUUUGGAAAUAUCUGAAAACGGAUGGACAAUGCUGCCAGUGUUCCAACGAUGACGUGGAGAGCAAUAUAGAUUCACCGUUACCGACAGACAAACGUAAACACAGAGUUGGAGGUCCUGGUAAUACCGCGAAAAAGACGCCGGCGAACUUGCCGUCGGGUUCCUCGGGAAGUGGUCAUAAGGUAGUUCGUAAGAUUAAAGUAAAGGGAAAAGCUAACCCUGAUAAUGAAUGGUGAGACAUAUUUUGAGGUGUUUAUUUCAAGGAGACAGACUUUACUCGCGAAGUUGAAAGACAUUUGUAAGAUAAAUGUGUGCAAAUAAGAAUACAGAGUAUUUUGUUGUGUCUACAUGUAUUAAAAAUGCCAAUAAAGAUUUGCCCACGUU